AUCUCGCAUCACCGUCCUCUCAACAACAACAACAACGACAACAAAAAAAAUCUCGCAUAGCCGCUUCUGACUCCGGCAUGGCGCCGUCGUCGUCCGCGCCGCCGGCCCGACCUGCGCUGCUGGCUACUGGCCGCCUCGUAGUGCUCUACGCGUCCCAGACCGGAAACGCUAUGGACGCUGCCGAACGCGUGGGCCGCGAGGCCGAGCGCGGUGGCUGCCGGGCCGUCGAAGUCAUCUCCAUGGAUAGAUUCGAUCCCAGUUGCUUGCCGGGCGAAAGGUUUGUGGUCUUCGUCGUGUCAACCACUGGGCAGGGUGAUUCCCCCGAUUCCAUGAAGAGGUUUUGGAGGUACCUUCUUAAGAAGGAUCUUGGUGCCCGCUGGCUGGAAGGGUUCCGUUAUGCCGUAUUUGGGCUCGGCGAUUCAGGUUACCAGAAGUAUAAUUUUGCUGCAAAGAAGAUCGAUAGAAGGAUUUUACAACUUGGUGCAGAACCCAUCGUAGAGAUAGGCCUGGGAGAUGAUCAACACCCUUCAGGAUAUGAAGGAGCUCUAGAUCCUUGGUUGCUGUCUCUGUGGAAAUCACUGAAUCAAGCAAAUCCAUCACUUCUACCAAGAAUUUCUGAUAUCAUUAAUCCUAAUCUCAAUAAUUUGGGGGAUGCAAAGAUCGACGUCAUAUAUUACUCUUCGGAUGAUGCUCCACAAGAUUCCAUUGUUUCAGACUCCAAGAAAUUAAUUGAGAGAGCACGCUCAAUUUCCCCUGCUCUAAAGUUCCAUAAGGAUGGAGAGCCACAAUACAUGUUAAAGAUGGUAACAAAUCAACGUUUGACUAAUGAGGGUUCUGACAGAGACGUGCGCCACUUUGAAUUGGAAGAUCCAUCUUCUGCCAUCAGUUAUCAAGUGGGCGACGCUUUAGAAAUUCUACCAAGUCAAAAUCCAUCAGCCGUUAAUGCUUUCAUUGAACGCUGUAACUUGGAUCCAGAUUGUUACAUAACGAUUCGAGCAAAGGGUGGGGAUCAAGGGUCCAAAGGUUCAACCGUGAAUGGCUUGACGGAUCGCAUCAAGUUAAAGACCUUUGUUGCUUUGGCAAUGGAUGUUGCAUCAGCUUCCCCUCGGCGGUAUUUCUUUGAGGUCAUGAGUUAUUUUGCAACAGCUGAACACGAAAAAGAAAGGCUUCAGUAUUUUGCUUCUCCUGAAGGAAGAGAUGACCUUUACCAGUACAAUCAAAAGGAGAGUCGGACUGUUCUAGAAGUAUUGGAGGAAUUUCCCUCGGUACGCAUGCCUUUUGAAUGGUUGGUGCAACUAACACCUCCACUAAAGAAAAGAGCCUUUUCCAUAUCAUCAUCCCCAUUAACACAUCAAAAUCGGAUUCACUUGACUGUUAGUAUUGUAUCAUGGCUUACUCCUUUCAAGAGGACAAGGCAUGGUCUCUGCUCCACAUGGCUGGCGGGGCUCAGCCCAAAUGAAGAAAUUCUUAUACCAUGUUGGAUACACAAAGGAUCCCUACCUCCUCCACAUCCAUCCGUUCCUCUUGUGCUUAUUGGACCAGGAACUGGAUGUGCACCGUUUCGAGCAUUUAUUGAGGAAAGGGCUGCACAGAGUGUGACAGAACUAACAGCUCAUGUUCUAUUUUUCUUCGGCUGUAGAAAUGAAGACAGUGAUUUUCUAUAUAAGGACUUCUGGUUAAAUCAUGCCCAGGACAAGGGAGUGCUGUCCCUGAAAGAGGGUGGUGGUUUUUUUGUUGCUUUUUCUAGGGAUCAGCCUCAAAAGGUUUAUGUACAACACAAGAUAAAGGAGCAGAGUGAAAGAGUGUGGAACAUGUUAUGCUCUGGGGCUGCAGUAUACGUUGCAGGUUCUUCUACCAAAAUGCCCGCUGAUGUUACAGCUGCACUAGAAGAAGUUGUCCGUGAAAAGGGCGGUGAGGCUGCUUCGGGGUGGCUCAGGAAACUGGAAAGGGCUGGUAAAUUUAACAUUGAAACUUGGUAGUAAUUGUGAUUGUCGAACAAGACAAGACAUGUAGGACGUCAUGUUCCGCAAUUAUUUACGUGGUAGGGAGCUGUAGAAUUCAAUGUCGAUCGAAGAUGUAAAAAACUAGAAGCAUGUGUGUUGCACAUACAUACAGAGAAACAAACACUUACCAUUGAUUCUUGGACUGAACAAAUUACAAGGGAAAGCGCAUAUUGAUUUAACGCCUUCAUUCUUUUACU